UAUAUAUUAGAGGGGUGAAUUUGCCAAUUUAUGAGUUAAAAUGAUCGGGUUGGUAAAACAAUGAGUGAUUUGAUUUUUUGUGGAAAGUUGAGGGGUGAACUAAUAAAUAAUUGUGUAAACAGAAGGAGCACUUUGGUUGUGCUGUGGUGUAUGAUCGAAAAACCCUAGAAAAAAGCAGAGGAUGAAUUGGUUUAGAGUUGGAAAUGUUGGAAUAGUAAAGGAUUCGGUGGUCAGGUAUUUCUCGUCGCGGUCGAGGCAGCGGGCAGUGAACGUGAGGAAGAUAAACCCUAAGGUUCCAUUCCCGGAAGCAGCUUUGAUUUCUCAAUCUCUUUACACCAUCAUCAAGCAGAAUGGCCCUCUUACCAUUGCCAGCACCUGGAAUUGCGCCAAGGAGGCUAAUAUUGAGGGAUUGAAUAGCAAAACCCACAUGAAGAUAAUGCUUAAAUGGAUGAGGGGAAGGAAGAUGCUGAAGCUGCUCUGCAACCAAGUUGGUUCCAGCAAGAAGUUUUUUCAUACCACUUUACCUGAAGAUCCACACGCUGACCACUCGAAACUAAUAACGCAUCUGCAUACUCAGAAGCCUUCAUCAACAAGACCAAAAAUCAACACAACUAAGAUGCACUAGUGCCAUUCCUGGAAUUUGGGUACUUUGCCCUCAAUUUACUUCUUCAUUUUGCUUUGAUGCCCACCUGUUAUCAAUUGCGUGACCAUUUUACCAAAAGAUUAGACGUGGCUCUAUUCCCUUUUGCUUGUUGGAAGCUUUAGAUGUCUCCUCGAAGUGCAUUAAUGAAUAAAGAUUGGUAUAAACACUCUGGUUUAGUUGGUGUUUUCCGUUUUCAUGUUGCGUAUUGUAAUGUGUGCUGUGUUGGUUUACAUUUGGGAUGGCUAGAGUUUUGAAUAUUGUAGACUUGUAGUCGAAGUGGAUGGCUAUUUGCAGAUGGUUUGAGGCUUGAUUUUUUUGUUCAAGCAAAGGAUAAGAAGUUUUUUAUAAUUCUGUGAUGAUAUUAUUGUAGCAGGGUGCUAGAAAAUGAAACUCCAAAUGCAAAUGAUGGUUUUAGUUAGAGAUUGUAAAAUGUUCUUCUUUGAGUCCUACAAUUUUGACGAA